UUGUAUGCCUGACGCGCGCUCGAGCGCACAGCCCGUCUGUCCACGAGCGAAUUUAGCGAGAACUAAUGAGAGCGCACGCUUCAACUCACCGAGACCCAUUUCAGUUGUUCGUUUGAGCAUUAUUCGGAACCAAAACAGUACUUUAUAAAACACGGGCUAUGGUGACCGAGAGGACUUCAGUGGAGAUUAAGCUUUGAAUGAACUGUCAGCAAAAUGACCUGCCAAGGGCGCAGAUGUGUCGAGCUGUGAGCGAGUAGUGCCGUUUACUCAAGAAACUUCUGUUUGCUUUGACUUACAUUGAAACGUCAUGGCAGUGUCGUGGAGACACGCGCUUUUCUUCUUGGUAGUUGUGAACCUACCUGUGCUAACAAUGGCAUGUAGCAGUCUCUAUGGAAAUGCCAUUGAGGAGUUCUGCCUGGUCAAGUUCAAGCUGGACAUGGAGAUUCUCGACCAGCAACAGUGGUGCAGCUGGGAGGACACUGUUGAGGCUUAUGGAGAACUAACCAACUGCACGUUCAUGGUGGCUCUGAAGAUGAACUGUUUCUGGCCCAACCGAAUGGUGGAUGAAUUCUUCAUCCGGGUGCACAGACACUACUUCCAUGACUGUUCAUUGUCUGGACGGCUGCUUCACGAUCCACCAAAUCGGAUCUUGGGGCCUUUUAUCGUGGUGCCCAUUCUGGUGACGCUACUCAUGACUGCUCUAGUGGUGUGGAGGAGUAAACGCAGCGAGGGAAUUGUUUAAGUCUACAACAGUUUACCCAUAAUCUCCACACUGAACAACAGAGAAGGUGAUAUUUCACAGACUGUGAACAUUAAGAAAGACUUGUUUCUCAUCAAGUAGUUAUACAUCAGAAUAUAGUGAACACGGUUUCUGUGUUAUCUACAAACAGAUAACACACAAGUCAUUUAUACGGACAAAAACUUUCAGCACAAUUUCUUUUAAGUAGUUUUUAACUAAAUGUUUUGUCAUGCCAGCAUUUUGUCAGUGAAACAGAUCUCCAAUCUGGAUGCAAGUCAUUAUGAUGAUGGAUAAGUAUAACCUUGGAUGGAUAAACACCAAAGGAAGGACACUGUUAUUCCCAUGUGUUUGACAAACCUAUGUGAGAACUGGACUCAAUCACUUUGUGACAUCUCAACGUAUUUCACACUCAUAGAUGUGCUUUGUGCUAAAUUAUGACAUUUGUAGCAUGACAUUCAUGAUUAAAAUUUUGUUGUAAUAUUUAAAAAUUAAAAAGGGCUAUAACCAUAAUCAUGCCAGUAACCUUUACUAUAUUAUGGUCCUUCCGAUUUUAAAAAUAAAUUGAAAUUAUGUGAAUAUCAAGAUCAUAUAUUUCGGUAAGUCACCUAAAAAUGCUUUGGCCAAAAUCUCUCAAAAUCAAGUCAAUCCCACACAAACCAUUGCAUCAUCAAAAUCAUGCAAGAUUUUGGGAAGCUGUCAGAAAAUAAUUUCAUUCAAUACUAAAAAGUUUUGGACUAAUGGAUGGGUUUAUAGUAUGUGAUGUAAUAUAUGUGCGUAUACAUACACACACACACAUACACAUAUACUGUAUAUACCGUGUGUAUAUAUAUAUAUAUAUAUAUAUAUAUAUAUAUAUAUACACACAUACAGUAUAUAAGUUUAAAAAAAAUGCAUAUUUAUUAUAUUCAUGCAAUCAAUUCCUUUUUAAGAAAAAAAAUGUAUUACAUUGAUAGUAAAAUCUAUGUGCAUUUGUACACCUCAAAUGAAAUCUCAAUUUGGUUUGUACAAAUUGAUGGCACUUUUUGAGCUUUAAAGGUCAUUUAAUUCCACCAUACAAAGACCGCAAAAAUGACUUUACUAUAUUUUAAUGCCUAAUGUCAUUAGGGACAAUGUGCUACCUCCAUUACAUUUAAUGUUUUAAUUUGCUCUAGUGUUAGUUCAAUUAUAGGCUUCAUCGCAAUCUUUGUGAACCCCAAGUAGGGUAACUGCCUAUACGGUCUAUGUAUGUCUAUAUACUGUAGGCAACAGACAGUCCAGCAGCUCAUCAUGUGGAUCAGAGCCAUCUUUUGUAUUGACAGUGGCUAUCAGAUACUAUUAGAAGCAGUGAACAGAUAAUUAUUUGGUGUCUCAACACACAGGCUUCAUGAGGUCAAGGGGCAAUAUUUUCUUUCUUUAGUGGAGGACAAUUUGCAGCAUUUGUCAAUGAUAUGAAUUAUGUAUUAACACUAAAAUUAUGUUUUUUUUUUCUUUUCUUUUUUUUUACAUGGUUCUGCUAAAUGUUCUUUUUUUGUUAUGCCUGUGUGUCUCUGGAGCUCUGUGGAUUAAAAGCCUGUGGUUUUCACCUGCCUGUAGCGAAUUGGACGGAGACACCAGACGUCUUUAAUGUCAGCUGAGUUUCAAAGCCUCUGAUUUCUCCUGCAGUUAUAAUAAAGUCAUUUGCCCUCAA